AUGAAUCAAGACGUAGAGGAGGCUGCAGGUCACAGUAAGACACUCAGACCAGAGUCUGCACUACACAGCUGUGUGACCAUGAAGAAUGACCAGGACAUGGAUGAUCCUGGAAACAUGAGUAGCACAUCAACACAGCCCAAUGCAGGACGACACACACACAGACCUCAAUCUCCAGCGCCCAGCUGUGUGUCUAUGAAGAGUGACCAGUCCAUGCCUCAGCCUCUUAACUUCAGCAGUCAACCAGUUCCAUCUGGUCUAAAACAACACACACCCAGGCCUAAAUCUCCAGCGCCCAGCUGUGUGUCUAUGAAGAGUGACCAGUCCAUGCCUCAGCCUCUUAACUUCAGCAGUCAACCAGUUCCAUCAAUUCUGAAUGAAUUGAGUGCUGAUCUGACCCAGGAUCAGUCCAGGUGUGGAGAAUGUGAGAGGGUACCGAGUGACCCAGUCAUCACCACCUGUGGACACUACUGGGAGCAGCCUGCACUGCCAGGACACCAAACCUGUCCCCAGUGUGUAAAGAAAUACAGAACUCAUCCUCCUCUACAGCCUCUUCUGGAUGAACACGCAGACAUGGUAGAAAGCAGCAGACACCUGCACACUGAACACAGACCAGGCAAAAGAAGUAAACUAGCUGAUGAAGUCCCGUGGAGAGUUAUAGAGAAGCAUAAAGCCAGUCUGAAGAGGAGGUUUGAAAACAUAUCUGAAGGCAUCAUCAAACCAGGAGCUGAGACACCCCUCAAUAAGAUCUACACAGAUCUCUACAUCACAGAGGGAGAGAGUGAAGGGGUGAAUAAGGAACAUGAGGUGUGGCAGGUAGAGUCAGCAUCCAGAGCACAAACCACAGAAGACACACCAAUCAACUGCAAUGACAUCUUCCAGCCCUUACCUGGACAAGAGAAGCACAUCAGAACUGUGAUGACCAAAGGUGUUGCUGGCAUUGGAAAAACCGUCUCAGUGCAGAAGUUCAUCCUUGAUUGGAUAAAUGGGGUAGCCAAUCAGAAUGUAGACUUUAUGUUUCCUCUUCCUUUUCGUGAGCUGAAUUUAGUGAGGGAUGAUCAGUAUAGUCUUCACAAGCUCCUGCUUGACUUCCACCCUGAGCUGAAGGAGCUGAAGAAUGGUAAAGAAUACAGAGACUGUCAGAUUGUGUUCAUCUUUGAUGGUUUGGAUGAGAGUCGAAGUUUACUACAUUUCCAGCCGAAGAUGUUGGUGUCUGAUGUUGAACAAAUAUCAUCAGUGGAUGUUCUGAUGACAAGCCUCAUUCAGGGGAGUCUGCUUCCCGCUGCACUCAUCUGGAUAACCUCACGACCAGCAGCAACCAGUCAAAUUCCUGCUCAGUGCAUUGAUCAGGUGACAGAAGUACGAGGGUUCAAUGACCCUCAGAAGGAAGAGUACUUCAGGAAGAGAAUCAGUGAUGAGAGUCAGGCCACCAGAAUCAUCUCACACAUUAAGGCUUCCAGGAGUCUCCACAUCAUGUGCCACAUUCCAGUCUUCUGUUGGAUUGCAGCCACAGUACUUCAGCAGAUGCUGGAACAGGACAACACCCAGGAAGUCCCCCAAAGUCUGACUGAAAUGUUCAUACAAUUUCUGCUCAUCCAAAUCACCAGAAAGAAUCAGAAGUAUCAAACUGGAAAACAGACAAAUAAAGAGCAGCUCCUGGAAUCACAGGAAGAAAUUAUACUGAAGCUGGCAAAACUGGCUUUCGAGAAUCUAGUGAAUGGCAAUGUCAUGUUUUACGAAGAAGACCUGAGAGAGUGUGGCAUUGAUGUCAGUGAAGCCUCAGUGUAUUCUGGCAUGUGCACUGAAAUCUUCAAGGAAGAAUCUGUGUUUCACCAGAGGAAGGUCUACUGCUUUGUGCAUCUAAGCAUCCAGGAGUUUCUGGCUGCACUUCAUGUUUUUGUCUCUUACGUCCAGCAGAUGCAGACCAUAGGGAAUUUUUUCUGCUUGGAAGAGUCGCUAAAGUUGGCAGUAACCAAAGUUUUGGAAAGCAGGAAUGGACACCUGGAUCUUUUCCUUCGAUUCCUUAUGGGCAUCUCUCUGGAGAGAAAUCAGAGACUUUUGGAAGGUCUACUGAACCACACACACAACAGCUCAGAGAGCAUUAGGAAAAUGUGUCAGUACAUUAAAGAGCUCAACAAAGAGGAUCUUUCCCCUGAAAGAUGCAUCAGUCUUUUGCAGUGCUUAUCUGAAAUGAAUGAUCAUGCCAUGCAUGAAGAAAUUCAAGAGUACCUGAAAUUACCAAAGGGCUUCAGACAGAAAUUGUCUCCUGCUCACUGUUCAACACUGGCCCACAUGCUUCUGAUGUCUGAAGAGGUGCGGGAAGAGUUUGACCUGAAGACAUACAACACAUCAGAUGAAGGACGCAGGAGAAUGAUCCCAGCCCUGAGGUGCUUCAGAACAGCAAAACUUGGUGACUGUAAACUCAGUGGUGAAUCCUGCAAGAUUGUGGCCUGUGUUCUGCAUUCAGUAAACUCCCUAAUAGAGCUGGACCUGAGUCACAAUGAUCUUGGAGAUUCUGGAGUCCAGCUUCUGUGUGAGGGACUGGCCAGUCCUCACUGUCAUCUGCAGAUAUUAAGGCUGUCUUGUUCUCUAAUCUCAGAGGGAGGCUGUGGAUUUCUGGCUUCAGCUCUGACUUCAAACCCCUCUCAUCUAAAAGAGCUGGAUCUGAGCUAUAACCAUCCUGGAGAAUCUGGAUUUAAGCUGUUUUCUGCUAGACUGGAGGAUCCUCACUGUAAACUGGAGAUACUUAAUGUGGACCACUGCGCAGAAAUCAGACUCAGACCAGGUGUGCAGAAAUAUCCUUGUGAGCUCACACUGGACCCGAACACAGCAUACAUACGACUCUCUCUCUCUGAGGGGAACAGAAAGGUGACAUGUGGGAAUGAAGACCAGCGGCAUCCUGACCACCCAGAGAGAUUUGACAGCUGGCCUCAGGUGUUGUGUAAAGAGGGUCUGACUGGACGCUGCUACUGGGAAGCUGAGUGGAGUGGGGGUGCGGCUCAUAUAGCUGUGGCGUAUAAAAGCAUUAAGAGGAAAGGAAAGAGUGAUGACUGCUGUCUUGGAUAUAAUGACAAGUCCUGGAGUCUGUACUGCUCUCCUGACAGUUACUAUGUCUGGCACAAUAAUGUACGCACUGACAUACCUGACCCCUCCUCCCGCUCCAGCACAGUAGGAGUGUACCUGGACUGGCCGGCCGGCACUCUGUCCUUCUACAGCGUCUCCGCUGACACACUCACCCACCUGCACGCGUUCCACUCCACAUUCACUGAGCCCCUCUAUCCAGGGUUUGGGGUUCAUGAUGACUCCUCAGUGUCCCUGUGCCAGAUC